AUGGGCCUUAUCCCAAGAACGAAAGAAGUAGAUGAAGAUGAUGACAUUGCUGACGCUGUUUCUUCUUCUUCUGCUGCUGCUGCUACUGAUGACGAUGGUGAUGAUAAUGAUUCGGAUGAUGAUGGCGAUGAUGAUGAUGAUGAUGAUGAUGAUUCGGAUGAGGAUGAUUCGGAUGAUGAUUCGGAUGAUGAUUCAGAUGAUGACGAUGAUGAUGAUGAUGAUGGUGAUGAAGAUGAUGAUGAUUGUGAAGAUUAUGAUGAUUAUGAUGAUGAUGAUGAUGAUGACGAUGAUGAUGAUGAUGAUAGUGGUAGUGAAACGAAUCAUAACAUCAUUAUUAAUAUUAAUAUUGAUGAAAAUGGUAAUUUCAAGGAAAUGCCUGAUAAUACUAUUGAUGAAAUCAUUAAUCGUUAUGUUCAUUGA